AUGCCUUUGGACGUUUGGAAAUUCGUCCACAAUAUUGUUAGAUGGAGGAGGCGUUCUCCCGUCUUGACCUGUGCUAGUGGCCAGCCCACGACGCACCCCGCGCUCGCCGAUGUAGAGUACGAGGAGCUCGGCGCGUUCAGCAUUGAGCGCGUGUUCGUCUGUCGGGGCGGCGUCAACACUGUCCGGCUGCUCCAGCUCACGAGAAGAUCUCUCUUGGAAGAAGGGCAGAUGGUCGGUGCAAACGCAUUGGUCAACGAGAGCUGGUCCUGUGACGUGUUUCGACGCUCCAAAGACGUGUAUGAAGCUCGAAUUCGUUAUUCUGCUUCUAUGGCGAAGGCCUACAAGAACUCGCCCUCAAAGCCAGUCGCUAUCAAGGAAGCUAAAGGAAUCCCCGGAAUGAUGACCAUUCUAGAGGCGUCCGAUAUUUGA